AACUACUCCACUACUUCAUUGAUGUCGAGGAUGAUGGAGACCCUAACUCUUGGAAGAGUGGUAGGAGAGGUUGUGGACAUGUUCACCCCAACUGUGAAAAUGGAUGUAAUUUACAGUAGCAACAAACAAGUUUCUAAUGGCCAUGAGUUCAUGCCUUCUGUCAUUACUGCUAAGCCUCGCGUCGACAUCGGAGGUGAAGAUAUGAGGGCUGCUUAUACAUUAGUUAUGACCGAUCCUGAUUUCCCAAGCCCCAGUGAUCCAUACUUGAGAGAACAUCUCCACUGGGUGGUGACAGACAUUCCUGGUACCACUGAUGUCUCCUUUGGAAGAGAAGUUGUGGAGUAUGAAACUCCGAAACCGGUGGUGGGGAUUCACCGUUACGUGUUUCUGCUGUUCAAGCAGGCCAGAGGAAGGCAGACGGUGAGAGUUCCGGCGUCACGGGACAACUUCAACACAAGACAAUUUUCACAAGAGAAUGGUCUUGGCCUGCCUGUGGCUGCUGUCUACUUCAAUGCACAAAGAGAAACUGCUGCCAGAAGAAGAUGAGUAAUUGACUAGCUCAGACACAUCAAUAAGGGAAAACGUACUAAUUCAAUUCCGAUAAUAACAUAAGGAGCUCGGGGGCUACGUUUGGGGGCUUUCUGGCAUGUACUGUACUAAUGCUAUCAUUUACGUAGGUAACUGUUCGUGUGUUUACUAGCAGCUAGGGUUUGAGUGUGUGUACGUUUAUCCAGUAUCGUUUAUUCGUUUUUUGUUCUGAGCUUUUAGCUCUUGUUGAAUAAGAUAUUGGUUUUGCAACUUUUUGCAUGGUAAAAGUAGUCAUGUAUAAGCUUGGCUACUAAGGCAGUAGCACAGUUACGUGUCGUUCGGUUAUUUGU